GCUUAACUACAGUCUGGGGGGAACCAUAUCCGGGUGACCUCUUUAACCUGAAUACAACAGUUUACUUGCUUUGUUAGUUUGAUAGUUUAGACUUGCAUUCCAGUUUCAUUGCUAGAUAACACGAAUUCACUGAGUAGUCAUCAUAUCUAGGACCCGGGUUGAUAAUUAAACCCAAACCCACUAUACUACGCUUUAGGAAGUGGUUUCACUUGGCCAAUUCCUGGAGUGACAGUAGAGUCGAGUUAGAUUCUAUGAUUUGAUUAUAUUCAAUUGAGGUUUGAUUUAUUGAAUGGCAUGAAUCCUGAUCAAAUUCCUGUUGUUUCUGCUUUAUCUAGAAAGAGAAUAUCUGCCUAGGUUGAUAGAGCACCCUUAAUUGAAGGUAGUGAAUUGGCGACUUUAGUCGAGGAGCCAAUUCACUAUUCUGUACCGAAUUUACUUCGGUAGUGGAGGUUUGGUUCGUUAGGGCCUCAAUCUGUUUACUCCAGUGGAGGUUAGUCGCCCGCUGGAGAUUCAGAUUGAGAGGGUCUGGAGACCUUUAGUCGAGACUUCAGACAGCUUAAGAACCUCCCGUAGUAUAACUAUCUUAGGAAUUGAACUUGGUUAAUUACAAUUCGGCUUAACUGCAGUCUAGGGGGAACCAUAUCCGGGUGACCUCUCAUGACUUGAAAACACCCGUUUAAUUGCUUGCUUGCUUUGCUUGUUUGAACCUGCACUAAAGUUUCACCUCUAAAUAAUAAGAAUUCGCUGAGUUGUCAUCACAUUUAGGAGCCGGGUUGACAUUAAAACCCAAACCCGCUAUACUACGCUUUAGGAAGUGGUUACACUUGGCCAUUUUCUAGAGUGACAGUAAGAGUGAGUCAAGUUUUUGGCGCCGUUGCCGGGGACGGCUAGGUUGUUGAAGAAACGUGAAUUCUGUUAAUUUAGCUUUUCGUUUUCGCAUUGUUUACUUUGUCACACUUGUGCCUUCACGGGUUUGCUUGCUUGACUGUGUGCAGGUAGUGCAUGACCCGUAGCCAGUCUAGCUCGCUGUUGUCUCCUAGGUGAACUUAGCCCUGCUAGGAUGAGCAUUCAGUUAGCUGAUCGCUCUAUUGUGCAUCCUAGGGGUAUCAUAGAGGAUCUGCUUGUUAAAGUAGGUGCAUUCACGUAUCCUAUUGAUUUUGUUGUUCUGGAUAUAAAUGAGGAUGUGGAUGUGCUUUGAUUCUGGGUAGACCAUUUCUUGCCACCGCCAAGGCACUUAUUGAUGUGCAUAGCGGUAAACUGAUCUUGUGUGCUGGGAAUGAACACGCUACUUUUUCUGUGGCUGACCUUGAUCAUUGUGAUAUGCUUGCUGUCACACCUAUGCAUGCUAUUUCUCACCAGGUACACGAGUCUGUCGUGUACCCCCCUGUGCAUCUCGUUUUGCAGGAUCCCCCUCUCACGCCUACGCUGCCACUCCCUUCAACCUCACCACCUAACAAAAGGAUCAAAGAGGAGUGUCGGUGGAAGCAGCAGGUGGCUAAACCUGCACGGAAGAAAGGUGGAGACCACUAUGAGCUGGUUCCACCUCCUGCACCACGACCACCCUGGCCAUCCGAGUACUCACUCGCCUGCUUCUUGCCGGAUGGCCAGGUCGAGCUGACCAAUGCUGGUGGUCGCACCCGUCUGGUGCAUGGCCGCAAUCUGAAGCUGUACCUCAAGAGCGAUGUGGAUCCGCUCUUGGAGGCGCCUGUUCCUGCACCCCGCUGAGUAUCCACCAUGGUCGUCCAGCUAAAAGACGGUAUAGAAGCGCUUGUGGGAAGGCAACCCCACCACGGUUUGCAUUUCUUUUUCCCCUUUUCUGUGUUUUUGUGUCGUGUUGAGUUAGUUGCAUGUCUGUGUUGAAGUUCGGUUGUCGGUUAUGUCUCGGUUUGGUGUUUUCGUGCAGGGGAGGUUGAAAAUUUGGGAGAAUGAGAAUUUUGGCCGGAAGGGUAAAAUACCCGGUCGUGAGCCAAGAUACCCGAACGGGUAUUUUUGGCUCGUGACCGGGACCCCUUCUGCCUUCUCGGGCGCCCAAAGGGAAAAUAUCCGACCUUCGCCCAAAAAUACGCGACUGGGUAUUUUUGGCUCAAGGCCGAGGAUUUCCCAGGAUUGUAACGUCGCGUUUCAGAGACCCCCGACCUUGCCCCAAAAAUACCCGACCGGGUAUUUUUGGCUCAAGGCCGAGGAUUUCCAAGAGCAUCAAACGCGAUGUUUUACAAAAACCCGGUCGUGGACUCAAAAUACCCGACCGGGGAUUUUCGCUAUUUAAGCAAACCCCCGGUUAGUUUUCUCUCUCUACCCUCAUUUUUUUCAAAAUUUCCCUCUCCUCCUCUCAAAAACCUCUGCCCUCUCUCCUCCGUUGGUCGCCGCCGGCCAAGCUCUUCCGCCGCCGACCGUCGUCGUCGCCGCCCGUCGGCAACCAGCCGCCGGCCGCCGCCUUCCACCGCCCCCCGUCGCCGGUCAUUUUCCUGAGACUUUCCGGCCAAUUUUCUGGCGACUUUCCGGCCAACUUUCCGACGAGCCUCCUGGGUCGUUUUUGGCCCUUUUUAGCGUCCCUCGCCCGUUUUUUGCGCCCUAGCUACAGUUCUACUUGAGUUUCCAGGUUUGUUUCUUGUUUACUACUCUUUUUUUGGAAAAUCGAACUGUAGAUUGUAGGACCGAGAACUGUGAUUGCCUGACAUGCUUAAAUUAGAAUAGGGUGAGGGAUGACUUGUGUAUGAUUGGCCAUGACUAUUGUGUGUGUGCUGCCCGGAUGAUUAAAUUGGUGGGUUGUGU